AUGUUACCGCCAUCGACAAUUGCCUGGACUAGCCUCCUAGCCCUGUUCGCCUCCGUGGCACAGACGCGUACAUAUGUUGGCUGUUUCUCCUCGGAUGCAGGUCUCGUAGACGACGGUCGAUACGUGUUCCAGUCAAUUGGAUAUUGCCAUGACAAAUGUGCCAGCUAUGGCCGCGCAGUCUGGGGCUUAACGAACGGGACUACGUGCUUGUGCGGUGAGACGACUCCGUCGCUGCGUGAUGUCGUCGAGGAGGCCAACUGCAACGUGCCCUGCGCUGGGUAUGCGAUGAAUAUUUGUGGUGGGAGAGGCUUCGUCUCCGUCUACCUUGACGAGAACAACAUCCCGGACAGGCCUCCAAACCAGACGUCGACUCAAUCGACCCAAUCGCUUCAGUCGACAACUACGGGCGCGGCACAGCCAACGAGGUCUCCUUGCAAGCACAAGCUACCCGACACUUCUCCCGGCGAUCUCUAA